AUGGAUCUUUCAUAUGAGAAUCUAGGGCUAGAAGCCCGGAGUAACAGCCUCUCUGGGCCACGAUCGCGCGUAAUAAAACAAGAUCCCAAUGCUGAGCGUGAAGAGAAGCCUCGAAAGCAACGAAAGCGAGCCCUGGUUGCAUGUACACGAUGCCGGAAAAGGAAGAUCAAGUGCAACGGCGAUCUCAACAACGGGCUGGCUUGUUCAAGCUGCCGUAGUGUUGGAUCAACAGAAUGCCAGUACAUGCGAGUUCAUUCCGAUACUCCAGAGGAGAUCAAGAAGCGCUUAGCAGGUCUCCCUCCAACAUCUUCAGCUCGCUAUAGAGUAUACACCGGUCAUACUCCUGAAAGGCAAGCUCAAAUCUGGAUGGACUCUCAAUCCCGCCAUCCAUACCAAGACUAUGACAUGGCUAUGGACGGCAACGUCCAUUACGACGAGCAAUCCAACUAUUACCCGCAGUACAUGCUACCCAGUACCGGGAACAUGACUGGGAACAUGAUCGACUAUGGGACCUGGGGAACGCGAACCUGCGACCCGAUGCUAACCAGCCGACAAUCCAACGGCGACUUGUUCGAAGGGACAAGCCUAUCCCAAAGCCAAGCCCAAGCAGGCUACGGCUUCAACAUGUCCCAAGGAAUACCAUCCGAUCCGAACCAGUCAUCAGGUGUAAAUCAAUCCUUCUCAGACAUGGAACGCACACUGCCCACACCUCCAACCUGCCGAAGCCAGCCCCAACCCCAAGGCCAGCCCCAAGCCCCCGUCACAACACUGUCCACCCUCCCUGAAGGACUCUCAGGCAUGAGCCUAGCCACAGACCCCAAGAAUCCAUUUUGGAACUCGCACGCCAGAGGCAUGGCAAUGCCAAUCGUCCCCAGCAACGGCUACACAAGCCCCCGUGUCAAAGUCAACACCUCAGAAACCGCAACGCCAACACCAGACUUGGCAUUCGGGUAUAUGCCCAUGGCCACGACGGAGGAUACAUCACCACCACUCCCACCGGCCGCCUCAUCAAUUUCCUCAUUUGCGACAGGGAACAGCACUUUAUACCCAGUCCUCGACACGAUAGAUGAAUACCGCAACGACCCUGACCACCGCCUCACAUACAACGCCUUCUCCCGCGACAAGAGUUCCAAUUCUCGAUCCAAUUCUCUGAUGCCUGACUGCUCGCCUUAUUCUUAUGGAUAUCGCAGUAGCGAGAGGAGUAAGGCUCGUGACUCUGCGAGUGCCAAUGAAACCCGUUGUUCGGCGCCAACGCUUAUGAAUGGUUUGCCCUAUAGUCGUGUUCGGCAUCCAGAGCAUAACCUUGCUUUGCCAUUUGAUCUCCUAGCCGAUCCGUUCCCUGAGUAUGGGCGUGUAGAGAGUGUGACUCGGCAUCCUAUUUCACCUUUGGGUCAUCGUGCUGCUUAUUAG